AUGUCCCUGAAUCCAGAAAUAUCUGGCGGCAGAGAUUGGUUGUUCCCCUCGCCGUCGGCCUCUUCUUCAAAACACGGCCGCCGGCGAUUCUUCUCUAACUCCAAUUGUCCACCACCAGUCAUUCGCCGUCGCCGCUACGUUCGAAAUCCUACUCCUCAGAUACCUGCUGCAGAAAAUGUGAAGAAGAAGAAGAAGGAGAUUAAUCUUAUAUGCCUCCCGCAGUUUCGUUUCCAGUUUGUUCUCGUGACUUUGACUAUUGCUUUUUUGUUGCUUCUGCUAUUGCUCCAAAAUACGCACCUACAAACCCAAGUAAAUAAACUGCAGACUGAGGUUUUUGGCCUCAAUCUCAGAUUACACUCAUGCAACCACACCUUCAACGUCACUCCUUCACGUCCAAACUACUCCAGCAGAAACCUCUCUCUUAUUUUCUCCUUCACACUUCUACUUAUCCCUCUCAUCAUUUUCAACUACAUACACUAUGUUUCUAAAUCUGCUGACAACAAUACAACCGAACAACAGGUUUCUCUAAACAAGCAAAUUGCCUAUCGCCUUGAUGUUUUUUUAUCGGUUUACCCAUAUGCUAAACCCUUUGUCUUGUUAUUUUCAACGCUUCUGCUAAUCUUUAUUGGUGGUUUCGCCCUUUUUGGUGUAACUUCUGAUGAUUUGCUUCAUUGCCUCUGGCUCUCUUGGACUUAUGUCGCCGACUCAGGCAAUCAUGCCACUUCCCAAGGAGUUGGUCCAAGGUUAGUUGCGCUUUCAAUUAGCUUUGGAGGGAUGCUUGUAUUUGCAAUGAUGCUUGGACUUGUGUCCGAUGGAAUUUCCGACAAGUUUGAUUCACUAAGGAAAGGUAAAAGCGAGGUGGUCGAGAAAAAUCAUACUUUGAUUCUUGGUUGGAGUGAUAAAUUGGGUUCAUUGCUAAAUCAACUUUCCAUAGCCAAUGAGAGUUUGGGUGGAGGAACUGUUGUAGUGAUGGCUGAGCGAGACAAGGAAGAAAUGGAGCUUGACAUUGCAAGAAUGGAGUUUGAAUUCAAAGGAACAUCUGUUAUAUGCAGAAGUGGCAGCCCCCUCAUUCUGGCUGAUCUGAGAAAGGUUUCUGUUUCAAAGGCUCGUGCAAUAAUUGUCCUUGCUGAAGAUGGGAACGCUGAUCAGAGUGAUGCCCGAGCUCUGAGAACAGUCUUAAGUCUGACUGGAGUCAAAGAAGGAUUACGAGGGCACAUAGUGGUUGAAUUGAGUGAUCUGGACAAUGAGGUCCUUGUUAAACUUGUGGGAGGUGAUCUUGUUGAAACUGUUGUAGCUCAUGACGUCAUUGGUCGCUUGAUGAUUCAAUGUGCUCGGCAGCCUGGACUUGCACAGAUUUGGGAAGAUAUACUUGGUUUUGAAAAUUGUGAAUUCUAUAUCAAAAGAUGGCCACAGUUAGAUGACAUGCAAUUUGAAGAUGUAUUAAUCAGCUUUCCGGCUGCAAUUCCGUGUGGAAUCAAAGUUGCAUCAUAUGGUGGUAAAAUUAUUUUGAAUCCAGAUGACUCCUAUGUUAUGCAAGAAGGAGAUGAAGUUUUGGUUAUUGCAGAAGAUGAUGACACCUAUGCCCCCACGUCCUUGCCUAAUAAGGUAUGGAGGGGAAGCUUACCAAAAGACUUUGUUUUUCCGAGGUCUGCAGAGAGAAUACUUUUUUGCGGCUGGAGGCGUGAUAUGGAGGACAUGAUCAUGGUUCUGGAUGCAUCUCUAGCACAUAAUUCAGAGCUUUGGAUGUUCAAUGAUGUUCCAGAAAAGGAGAGGGAAAAGAAGUUAACUGAUGGUGGCUUAGACAUAAAUCGGUUGGAAAACAUAAUACUGGUUAAUCGUGAGGGCAAUGCUGUUAUACGUCGUCACUUGGAAAGCCUUCCGUUGGAAUCAUUUGAUUCAAUACUGAUUUUGGCAGAUGAAUCCGUUGAGGAUUCAGCAAUUCAAGCUGACUCUAGAUCUCUUGCCACUCUCCUUUUAAUUCGUGACAUACAAGCUAGACGUCUUCCUUAUCCAGCUAUGGCCAGUCAAGCUCAUGGAGGGAGCUUCUCAAAAGGCUCAUGGAUUGGGGAAAUGAAGCAGGCUUCAGAUAAAACAGUUAUAAUUAGUGAAAUUUUGGAUCCUAGGACAAAAAACCUUUUAUCUAUGUCAAAAAUUAGUGAUUAUGUUUUAUCAAAUGAACUUGUCAGCAUGGCUUUGGCCAUGGUUGCAGAAGAUCGGCAAAUAAACAGUGUAUUGGAGGAGCUAUUUGCGGAGCAGGGAAAUGAAAUGCAUAUACGGCAAGCAGAUCUAUACCUCCAUGAGAGUGAGAAAUUGAGUUUCUAUGAAAUAAUGUUACGAGCUCGGCAAAGGAGAGAGAUUUUGAUUGGAUACCGUUUAGCGAAUGCAGAAAGGGCAGUUAUUAACCCCCCGGCAAAGAGUGACAAAUGGAAGUGGUCGCUCAAGGAUGUUUUUGUGGUGAUUACUGAAAAGGAAUGACAAAUUGGUGGGCAAAAGGCAAAUGAGGAUUGCUAUGGACACUAUUUCUAAUACUUUCUCUAACACACUCUCUUAUUGGGUGAAAAUAUGAAAUUUAUGUGGAUACCACACAUUGCAAAUGGAUCCCACAUAAAUUGAUGAGACCCACAUGGAUUUGACCCAAUAAGAGAGUGAAUGUUAGAGAGAAUGUUAAAAAGAGAGUGCUUCUAUCGUUUCUCAAAGGCAAAUAGGUGUUUGUUAUUUUUGUUCUUAGAAACGAGGGGAAUUACAGUUGAAGCUAUGGAGGCUGGGUUAGAAAUGAUUUGUCCCGGUUGACGUUAAUCUAUGUUUUUCAAGCUAAAUUAAAAUCUGCUUUAGGAUUUAUGUCACUUACAAGUCAACAAGGUUAUUAGCAACUAAAACUUAACAUGCUCAUCUUUUCAUAAUUCUAUUAUGUUCAGUUUUAUACUUA